AUCGGAGGUGGUAAGGUACGGUAUCGGAGUACCGGACAGAGCUAGCUCGACCGCAUUGCUGUGUUCGUUCCAUUGAGUUCGCGAGGACGAGAGAGUGAGGAUAAUAUAUUAACUUGACAAUAAUUAUUAUUCUUUCCUUUUUUUUUUGAUUCCCCUCCUAAACGAAUAUUACACGAAAAUUAUAUUAUAUAUCUUUGUGUGGGGUCAAACUACUUUUUCUUACGUCUCUCCACGUCAUAAAAUAUUAUUGGAUAUUCAACAAAAUUUUUCUUUCGUCGUAUUGAGACGAAUAAACUGAAGGAAGGUAACAACGAGAUAGAAGAGACACACGCAUACAGACAGAGAGAGAGAGAGAGAGAGAGAGAGAGAGAGAGAGAGAGAGAGAGAGAGAGUAUAGAAACGAAAUUUUAUGUCGACAAUAAUUACGAUCAAAACUGUCAACCAGAGUUGAUCUUGGACGUUUCCCGCGCUUACGUUACACCUGUUAGCCAGGAAACCGGUGCCGGCCCUUGACCAUCUAGAGAAAAUUUUUGGCACAAAUGAUGAAGGGUCGACACCACUUUCGACGACGAUUUAGUCUCCAACCAUCGUCGUUGAAGGAAGGACAGGAAGAUGGAACGGCGAAGAACGCUAGAAACGAAAGAUUAUCGGAAUCGGAUAGCGGUGGUGGCGAUGGAAAAUCAGCCGAAAGUUCUGUAAGACAUAAAAUAGUAGUAAUGGGUGCUGCCAAGGUCGGCAAAUCGGCAAUAAUUAAUCAAUUUCUUUACGGUACUUUCACACCAAAAUAUAAACGCACCGUUGAGGAAAUGCAUCAUGGUGAUUUUAACGUAUCCGGUAUUCAUUUAACUCUCGACAUCUUGGACACUUCCGGCUCUUACGAAUUUCCAGCUAUGAGAGAUCUGUCUAUUAAAUCGGCGGAUGCGUUUGUCUUAGUCUACGAUGUGAACGAUGUCAAUACGUUUCACGAAGUAAAGACCUUGAGGACGUUGAUAUUGAAUACAAAAGGAGUGGUACCUAUCGUAGUCGUUGGUAAUAAAUUGGAUCUGGUGGAAGAGGAGCAAGAGGUUGACAGCGAGAGUACCCGAGAAUUGGUAACAUCCAAAUGGGAAAAUGGUUUCGUCCAAGUAUCUGCAAAAGAAAAUUUAAAUAUUUCUCAAGUAUUUAAAGAACUAUUAUUACAGGCCAAAUUGAAAUACAACUUGAGUCCAGCGUUACGUAGAAGACGUCGUCAAUCUUUACCACCGCCCCCGCAUUUGAAUUCGCGCAGUAGCAGCGCGCACGUACCCUCGCCGGCGCAGUUGCAACACUUGCAACAAAUACGGGAACGCGCUGAAUCGAAAAGAAAUUCAUGUAUUUUAUCGUAAAAACAUACACGCAUAAACAUACGUAACGUAAGAUACCUUACAAUUUCUUACCAAUCUUUUCUUUUUGAAUCUUUCAAUUAUCUAGAGGAUACAUCAUUUCACCAUUUGCUAACGUAAUCGAUCCUAGGAUUAAGAUUAUAAAUGGGGUAUAUAUUUGAAAGGGUUUAUUAAAGAAGAUUUCUAAAGGAUUAACGCUAAUUAUAUAACGUGUGGUUCCUUCGCGCUGAAAAUGAUUACUUCUUUUUCAGCAAUAUUGAAAAAUAGAAUAAUUCCAAGAUGUCAUUCAAUCUUAAUAUCUACAUUCACUUAUAUAUGGGUCAAUUGAAAAAUCUUGACUCUAGCAUAGAAACAGUUAACUGGUAUUAACAUUUUUUUUUAUCCAUUUAACUGGUAUUACAAAAUCAAACGUGUUUUUUUUCUUGAUGCUCACAACUUUUCAAUCCACCCUCAUAGAUUUUUCUUUUUUUUCUUCGUCGUAGAUCUGUUUGUUAUUUUUUUAUUUUAUAGAAAAGUAAAAUAUAAUCGAAUUACGAAUUUGAACGUCAUUCAAUAGAAUUUAUUCGAUCGAUAGUGGAACUUACUGACCAACUUUAAACGAUAGGAUAGAUACAAUACACCCACUAAUGCAGGAUAAGUCAUAUAAAACGUAGAACAUUUUUUCAUCUAUAGAUAGUAUAUAUCUUAACAGAUGGUGUAAAUAUAAAAUACAUAUACCUGUAUCUGUAACACGUUUGAUAUAGAUACGAAAUAGUUACAUUUCAAACCACUCGUUGUGAUAAACCGUAUACAUUGUUUGGUCGCCUUAAAAAUAACAAAUACAAAAAAUUACAAAUAUCCUCAAUAUAUUCAUCUUCAUAAAACGUUUCAAUAUUUUCUAAAAACGAGUUCUCUUAGAGACGAUAUAUUUAAAUCCAUGUGUAUAUGGGAAGCUUAAAUAAAUAGAAUAAUUA